GUGAGCCAAUGAGGAAGCUGCAAGGUCUGGCUUGUCACGUUCUCUGAUGUGUGCAGCAGCGCGGACCCAAGCGGAGUGUAGCGAGCUGUCCCGAUCGCUUUAAUUUACAGCGAUAGACGGACAGUGGUCGGCAGCAGUGCAUUUUAGCCUGCAUGAGUGUUUUUGUUUGUUUCACUUUUCCAUGACUUUCCUCUAACGUCCCCAAAAAGACUGACUUCAGAGAAUGGCCACUUACUCAGAGGCUGAAUUGGUGCUGCAUUCAAGUAGUGGCAAUAUUCAGGAUCAAGCACAGGAUCAAGAAGUGCAACAGAUGCAUGAUGAUGUGGAGAUGAAAAGCAACGGCUCAAGUGGGACUGAUUCAAAUGGGAAUGAGUUUUCAGAGAGUUCAAGCAGUAGUGCCAGCCAUAAUGAAAAAGAUUCUGCUUUGCUCUUGGAUUCAUUACCGAGCAGCAAAAGUACUAAUACAAAGAAAAGAAAACGAAGAUUUGCUGAAGUAUAUACGCAAAAUAAGAGGCUUCCUUUCAUGCCUCUCUCAUUUGAAAAAGAUAAAACUACUGACAGCUCCAAUUCUCAGAGCCUGUCACUUCACUGCAGUUCAAAUGGAUUCAGUCUCAUUAGUGCUAGUUCAGAACAGGACAAUCCUUCGACGAGUGGAUGCAGUAGUGACCAAUCUGCUAAAGCAAAGACACAGAAAGAGUUGAUAAAAGCACUUACAGUCUUAAAAAGGCAUUUGCCAUCUGAGAAAAUGACUAAAGGAAAAUCCAGGACACUUUCUACGCUGAAAUAUGCAUUGCAGUGUGUAAAACAAGUGCAAGCAAAUGAAGAAUAUUACAGGUUCCUAAUGAAUGAUGAUACUGAAUCAAAUAGCUUGAGCUUAAACUCCUUCACAGUUGAUGAAGUAGAGAAUAUCAUUUCUGAAUACACUUCAAAGAAUGCUGAUAUCUUUGCUGUAACUGUUUCUCUAAUCACGGGCCAGAUUGUAUACAUCUCUGACCAAGCUGCCACUAUUCUGAAUUGCAACAAGGAGAUCUUCAAAAGCAUAAAAUUCACAGAACUUCUUGCUCCACAAGAUGUUGGAGUUUUCUACAGCUCUACAAAACCAUCUCAGCUUCCUCUGUGGAACGUGUGCACAGCUGCUGGUUCGUCGCCUUUGGAUUGUAUGCAGGAGAAGUCUUUCUUCUGCCGGAUUAGAGGGAACCAACAGCAAGAUUGUAGCACCCAUUACUAUCCCUUUCGUGUGACGCCUUAUCUCACAAGGGUACGAGCAUCUGAAGAUGAUGAUGACCAGCUAUGCUGUUUGUUGCUUGCUGAAAGGGUGCACUCAGGAUAUGAAGCACCACGAAUUCCCCAUGAUAAGAGGGUUUUUACUACCACUCACACACCCAGUUGCGUGUUCCAGGAUGUUGAAGAGAGGGCUGUCCCUCUAUUAGGUUAUUUGCCUCAGGAUCUCAUAGGAAUGCCCGUGCUGAUGCAUCUGCAUCCUGAUGAUCAACCUUUGAUGUUGGGCAUUCAUAAAAAGAUACUGAAACAAGCAGGACAACCUUUUGAGCAUUCACCGGUCCGCUUCUGCACACAAAAUGGUGAAUAUAUCACAAUUGACACCAGUUGGUCAAGUUUCAUCAAUCCCUGGAGCAGAAAGGUAUCCUUCAUAAUUGGAAGACACAAAGUCCGGACGGGUCCUUUGAAUGAAGAUGUAUUUGCUGUUCCGGGGUGUAGUGAAAUGAAGGCACUCAAUCCUGAAAUACAAACCAUCACUGAGCAAAUUCAACAACUCUUGCUACAGCCAGUAUACAACAAUGGUACCAGUGGGUAUGGAUGUUUGGGCAGUAGUGGAUCUCACGCACAGAUCAUCAGUGUAGCCUCUUCCAUUGAUACUAAUAGCAACAUCAAUGAAGAGAGUCAUUGGGACAAACCUAUAACGGUUCAGAAAACCUGUGAAGAUGCACACCUGGACAGAAACCAAGGUCAAACAGUAUUCAUCGAGAAACCAAAAAGUGGAUCAAGGCGCAGAAACAAAACCGGAAUACAAAAAGAGUUAAGCAGCCAGACCAAAGACUUCAAAACUAGCCCAUCCAAGGGUGCUUCAACAAGUAGUGCUGGAAAGAAUAUGCUCUUAGAUGAGCCUAGAUGUAAGGAACAUUCUGGAUAUUGCUAUCAGCAAAUUAAUUGUCUGGAUAGUGUAAUGAGAUAUUUGGAUAGCUACAAUAUUCUGUGCCCUAUAAAAAGAAAGUGUGAAUCUUCAUCACCAUCAGAUGAUGACAAACAAAAAGUUGAUAGUGUGCAUGACACUAAAGCUCUAUUCAAACCUGCAAAGGAGAUGCCUUCUGGAGCAGUUGUUGGCACACCCCUGGCACCACUUGCCUUGCCAAGGAAGGCAGCAAGUGUCACCAGCCAAGGAAGUUACAGCAGCACCAUUGUUCAUGUGGGAGACAAGAAACCAGAAAUCCUAUUGGAGGAUGGACUUGGCAUUGCUGAUCCAGCAGAGAACAUGACAUCUCCUGUGCUGGUCACCACAGCAUCUUCUGUGAACCUGGAAAAGGAACCAUAUAAGAAACUUGGCCUUACCAAAGAAGUUUUAGCUGCUCAUACACAAAAAGAAGAACAGAUAUUUUUGAGCAAGUUCAAGGAGCUGAGUAAACUAAAACCAUUUGAACCUACUUACAAGUCUUCUUUUCCAUAUCAACGCAAAGAAUUUUCAGCAGAUCGUGGCUCUCGAGGAUUUAAACCUUCAGGGAAUCGUGGAGAACAUGCGCAAAAAAAAAGUGGGAAGAAUAGGAAGCUUGAGUCAAAGCGCAUCAAACAGCAGGGAUCAUCUGACAGUGCUGCAAGUCGCAACACCAAUCAUAGACUCCCCCCUUGGUCUCCAUCUGCUCCGUCACAGCACAUAUAUCCAUCGUUACCGAUUACAGCAGUCAUACCUACCUACCAGCUACCAAUGUUUUCGGCCCCUGGCGGCAUGCCUUUUGUUACAGACCCAUCUCUGGGCAGCUUUGAAAGUGCUCCUGCUGUUCACUGCAACCCUCAGUCUCCACCAUUUCCUGCACCCCUAGUGCCUCCAUUGGUGGCAGUAGUGUGGCCUAAUUAUGUAAUGCCUCAGGUGACCGAGACUGUGCACCAGCCAAUUUUUCAGCCACCAUUCCCCUCACAGCCGGACUUUAUGCCUGGACGGAAUUCAUUCCAUUCUCAGCCGGAGUUUGCCCCACAACAUCGUGAUCAACCAGCAGAAUGUGAGAAGCUGCCUGCAGCAGAAUCUCGAGGUGUCACAUCCUGUCCAGGACCACAAGUCCACACUCCUGCUCCGUUAUUCCAUUCUAGGUCCAGUUCACCUUUGCAGCUGAACCUGCUGGAUGAGGUCCCCCCACCUUCAGAAGCAGUUGGAUGUGUAGGUGCCACUGGAUUAAUAGUGGAUGGAGGAGCAAUGGGCACCACUGCCAACGUUACAAAUGCGGAUGCCAUUGCAAAGGAUGAAACAGAACUUGCUGAAUCCCCUGCUGAAGCCCAGAACAGUGAUGCUCACUCCACUUCUACUGACAUACUGGACCUGUUACUACAGUCAGACACCAGAUCUGCAGGCUCGGGGAGUGUGGGGUCAUCAGCCUCGGGCUCUUCAGGCUCUCCAUCCAACGGGUGUGGAAUGUCAGGAACUGACACAGGGAGUAGCUACUUAAACACCAGCAAAUAUUUUGGAAGCAGUGACUCUGAGAAUGAGAAAAUAGGCCAGAGCAAUAAGUAUAUGCGCCAAGACCCUAUCUGGCUUGAAAUGGCAAAUGCAGAUGAGAGAACAAUGAUGACCUAUCAACUACCAGUGAGGGACAUUGAAACAGUUCUGAAGGAGGAUAGAGAGAAGCUGAAACUGAUGCAGAGAAACCAACCUAAGUUCACGGAGAAGCAAAAAAAGGAACUUGCUGAGGUCUUUCCCUGGUUUAAAACAAAUGCAUUGCCAAAGACCAUAGAUAUCAUGGAUAAAAUUUUCUGUGAGAAAAAUGCAUCACAGAACAUUUCACCAACAUUUGAUGUGGAAAUCCAUAAUCUGGAGUUCAAUGGACUGAUGGAGCCAGGCCACGAUGUUGGCUUUCAGAUCUCGAACUUCAUAAAUAAAGAGCAAAAGCCUUCAGAGAUUGCAGCCUCUAACCUGGAAGUAGCAACAAAUGCAUUUGGAAACUCAACAAGUUGAAGAUCUUUAAAGUGUGCAAACGGACACAUGCUUUCUAGGUAUGAAUGCACAGAGCUCUUUUUUGGGAGUUUAUAGUACUUGCAUCUCACCUUAAAUGUAAAAGCUGAGGAAAUACAGGUUUUUUAAGCUUUUUUUUGAAAAAAGCUCAUGUUACUAAAUAGCAUAAAUUGUGUUGCUUCAAGUUGAAUUACUUCUGACUGUAUCUACAGUUUUUAAUGUAUAUGUUCAUGAAUUUGGUGUUAUUGUAUCUGAUAUUAGUUGUAUAAUUUUUAUGUAUCAAUGUCUGUUGUAAAUGAAUUGGCAGUUUUUGAUGAUCUAGCCAUAAAAUUAAUUUUAUAGUCAGUCGAUGUUUGUGUUCCUUUCAGCUUAUAGAUAAAUAUCCUUGUGGAAGUUCAUAAUCUAACCUACAAAGUCUUUUAACUACCAGUAUAAUUUUGUUGUUACAUUGGGGAAGCUUCCAUUAGAACAAACAUUUUAGCAGAAUGUUCCACUGAGUAGGGAUGUACACAGAAAUACUUUUAAUGAGGUACAAUAAGUAUAAUUUUGGACAGAGUACGUAUUGAUUCCUGGACCUAGAUUUUCAGCUGUUCACCCUAAUUUAUGCUAAUGUCUGUACACUAAUUGGAAUAUAAACUAAGAUUGGAAUUUUGACAUUGUUGGUGUAUUCCAAUGAGAUCCAAAUUUCAGAAACAUAAACACUGAAGAAAGGAAACUACUCUUUGUGAUUUUGGACUAAAGCAAUAAAUAUGGAGCACAAGCAUUGCUAAAAUGAACUAAAGAGAUGUUUAGAGAUAUUUUUUCCUGAUUUUUAGAGUGCUCCAAAGGUCCACACUUCAUUAAAUCCUUUUCACUUAAGCUUGUGCAAAAGGGCAUGAUGCAACUGUCAAGAAUCCAAGGCAAAAUAACAUAGGGCUUGAAUCUGCGCAGUGUCACUUGACAAAAUACACAGUGUUAGCAAGUUCUUAACUUCUGAGCUUGUCUUUAAAGUAACAAAACACCUGUUUUCAUAAACCAUACUCCUAGUCAGUCCUGUGAAACUUAAAAGCUUACACAUACCAUGUUCACUAUGCUGGGUAUUUUGAAAGUUAUCUCAAGUUUUGCCAAUGCGAUGUGAAAUAUAAUAACAUUACAAACAUGACUUAAUUUACCAUUUGCCUUAUUUGACAUGGAGAAUCACAUUCACGAUUCAGAAUGUUAAUUUAUGCUCCCAUACAUGAGGAAGCCAAGAAUAUGUAUUGUUCUAGAAUCAUGGAAUCUACCACCACUGAAGAAGACAACAAUUGUGCCUAUAUUAACUACUUCAAAGAAAUAUCUUUACCAAAUGUUUUCCUUCAAAUGUCUUAUCAAUUUCCUUUUGAAAUAUGGCUUUGAAUUUGCCAACGCAUUCUAGAUUGACAUAGAUAGCUGUGUAAAAAGAAUUCUCAUUUUGCCACUGGUUCUAAGUCCUCAGCACACAAACACCAUGGAAGUGUGGAAAGCUAAUUAAUUUUCCUCCUUUUCCUAAUAUGCUGGUAAUCAGAGGACAGAGAGAGAAAACCAUGAGAUGUCAAGAACAACAAGAUGGGGCAUGCCCAAGACACCAGAACAAAAACAGAAAAUGGUGGAACUAUCCAGUAGGCCAGACAGCAACUGGGGAGGAAAGAGUAAUGAUUUCAUGUCGAGGUUGAAUCAUUGACCAAAACAAUGGGCUGCAAUACCUUUUGCUGGCAGUUCUCAAGAAAACUGCCAUUAAAAUCACUUUUUGCACUUCACUAAAUUCCUGACUUCUGUGCCUGUGGAGAUUCAGUCGCUGAAUUCAGCACUGAUUCGAUCAUUUGAAUGGAGUCUCUGAUCUGGAUGGAAAAGGUUAAUUUAUAUAUUUUAAUUUUAUUUAAUAUUAUCAAUUUAAAUUAGUUAAUUGAAUUUUUAUUUUAAAAUACAUCUAAUGAAGAAAAUUAAGGACGAAAUCUAUUUUGAUUAUUCUUAACUAUCUCUGAUAAUCAACCAGUUAAAAGGCUCCUGGUUUCAGCAAGCUGUCAAGAGGACUUCAAGGGAGUCAGUGGGUGGGGCCUCAGAAUUCACCACCUGAGCCGAGUUGCCACACAUGGACUGGUCCACUCUGUGGGUUGGCCAUGGCAACAAGGCCUUCAGCUCAAGUGGAACCACCCAACCAUAAAAUUUCCUUGGAGUGAGUGUAAGUUGCAAGCUGGAUCGAACACAAUCCAGCCCAUUGAUUCUGGUCCUCUCCCUGCAGACGCUUCCUGACCAGCUGAGUAUUUCCAUAACUUUCUGUUUUCAUUUCAGAUUUCCAACAUUUGCAGCAUACUGUAAAUGGGCCAUCCUUAUUUUCUCAUCCAGAAAAUGUUGCUUUUAAUAUUUUGUAUCUGGACUUGAGCUUCAGUGUCUACAAUUGCUGUUUAGUACCUGGAUAUUAAUGAUUUGUUGGCUUCUCGAUUGGAAAGGAUUGAAUCAAACUCUUCUUCAGGUUGAUGGCCUUUCCCUGGGCUUUGCUUGUGAUGCUCAAUAAAUAGUCAAUAUAAACAGGCUGAUUUGAUUUUUCCUGCAGCAAGUGCUUAUAACGAUAAGAGCUCUUGAACAGGAAUUGCUGGAGGGUGUUUUACCAUUGAUUUGAUUGGAAUCACUAAAGAAUAAAAUUAGCAUAUAUGAGGUGGUAUAUUAGCAUUGUAAUUAUUAAAUUAAAGGCUGUUAAUGCAACAUUUUUAUCUUUUGCAUUACCAACAUACAUUGUGGAUCUGUCAUUAGCAGUUACAAUAAAUGUUAAAGGUUUCCCACAAUUAGAGCAGCAAUUUGAAUUUUAAGAAUUACAGUAAAACUCCAAUAAUUUGGCACCCUGAGGACUUUGGUGCCAGACUGUCAGAUUUUCCAGACAAUUGGAUGUUUCUCCCAUUAGUUCCCCAACACACUUUUAUUUCCCUUUUAUUACAUGUUACGCAGUAGCAUGGUAAAACUCUGUGAACCCUGUGAGUUUAAAGGGAGCAGGAAAUAGAGCCUGAUGUUCCCAACCCGGCUUCAACUGCAGGGUGUAUGGUCCAUGCUUGGGCCACACUCCCCACUUGCACUCCCGACCCUGAUCUCAAAUUCUGGAAUGAUGAGGGAGCCAAAUGCUGAAGCAUUGGGAUUUCUGAACAAUUGAAUGCUGGAUUAUCGGAGUUUACUGUAAAAGGAAUGCAAGUGCCUACAUCCCUUUUUAUAUGGAAGUGCCUUAUUUCUAUUUAACCUGUCCUAUCUUUGAGAAUCAUAUUUGCAAACACAAAUGCCCUAUUAGAUUACUGUACAGUAGAUAGGUUCCUACAGUGCAUUGUUGGGCUCUGCAUGAGUUUCUAAAGUACAAUGGAUCCAGUUAUUGAAAUUUUUACUAUAAUUUUUGAGAUUCAUUUGGUAUUUGGCAAACUCAUUCAAAGAUUUCAAUAAUUUGCCAUUUUAACAUAAAUAACCAACAGUGCCCUGAUUUUCUAGAUGCUGAGAAAAUGGAGGUGCUGUAUGUACAACAGAGAUCAAUCUUAUCCAUGUCCAUUGUGUGGGACAUUCUUUUCCAAGGGAUUAAUUUGAUCUUGAAGUGUUCAAUUUUAAUAUUUCUACAUGGGCUGUUAUCUUCACAAAUCUGAUUUGUUAGUAGUCCCAAAAUAUUCUUUUGAACAAUGCAUGCUGAUAGUUUCAUUGAUAAUCUGUCUUGAAGGUGAUAUCAAGCAUACAAGACAGUACAAAGUAGUAUUGACAUCAAAGAUUGUUUAUCCAAGAAUUAUUUAAUACCAAUUGUACGUAGUUAAAAGAUAGCAUUGUGCUGGGAGCUCAUCCAAACCAGCACACAUAAUCAUCAUUCCACUGUUUAACAAAGGAUAUGAGAUUUUUCAAGAUCACCUUAACUAUGAUAUUUUUCCUUAAACAAAAUGGUUGAAGAGUCCGAACUUAUAGCUUUAAUUUGUUUAUCCUUUAGGAUUAUAUUGCGUCCACAGUUAAUCUUGCUAAAGCCUUGCUUUUUUUAAGGGAAAGUAGAAAUCUUGAUAUUGAAUUGCUGUCAUCUAUAGUCUGUAGAGUGUGUGAAAUGAAAAAAUUUCAUUCCUAGUGGUAAACUGUAAAUUCUGGACAUGGCUUCCAAAUAAAGAAAUCCUCAUCUAUCCGAAGAUAUUUAUUCCCAGGUUUUAAUGUGAAAUAGAGAGUAAGAUUUCAUUACUUAAAUCCAGAAUCUUUCCUGAAUAAGUAUGUACUUUGUUGUUUUGGUUGCUUUCCAGCCAAACUGUAGCACCUUCAGUAUGUUGAAGAAUUUGUAAAAUAGAAACUGUAUACAUUUUUGGUCAC